GGAAGGGUGAUUGUUGAGAUGAACUGAAUGGAUGGAAGAAAGAAGGGGAGACUGAGGUGACCCUCUAUAUAUAUACAAAUGAACAGCUACGCGUCAGGAUGGACGAAUACCCCCGAUUGGCUCAUGCACCACGCAAACAUCAAAACAAAAACGCUCUCGGGAUUACAGAGAAAACGCCGCGAAAUACCGAUAUAAUCACGUGAUGCAACCUGGAUUUAGGUUUCUGCACGUGAUCGGUGAUAAGAAAGUUGAAUUUCGAAUCAAUCCCACGUCAUGACGACUGCCAACUUUCGGUAACCCUUCUCACCAAUGUCCUACGGCGAGGCCAUCUUGAGGCAUUUGACUAGGGUUGAUUCCUCAGCUUUGCGACCUGUUGUUGACCUCAUCCACCCUCUCAGUAUGAACGGUCAUCUCUUUCGACCCCUGUGGUCCUCCUCCUCCAUCAACAGCGUGGCUGGACCAUCGAGGUUAUCCCUCACUCCUGCUCGAUUCCUCCUUCCUUCCUUCCAGUCGUCCACCUUCGCCUCAUCAGCCUCACCGAGUAUGGUCAGCCGGUUAUUUUCAACUUCGACACAGAUGCUGCAUCGUGCAGGGAUGAAGCGAGCCGCGAUGCAGAGAUUCAAAUAUACAAAGAGCACAGGCACGUGGAAACGAACUCGAGGUGGACACGCUCACUUUAACACCAAACGGCCAGCUAGAUUCUUCCACGGUCUCACCCCAGAGGUAGAAGUGACGAGGCGGUCAGUGGUGAGUUGCAUCUGAGUGUUCAUCAAAGGGAGCCAUAUCACACUCCCGCAUCGCCGCUUGUAUUCGGGGACAUGGGCUCUCUCUAUCCAUAUGUCGAGACAUCGCUGACCAUUACUCUUAUUUCUCUACGCUGCCUCGCUCACUUC